CGUGCUUCUUCUUCUUCUUCUUCCUCCCCGCAUUUGUAACGCUUCUCUGUCAUUCGGUCUUCUCCCCUCUCAGUCCGCCGCAGAUUGAAAUUAUUGAUGUCUAAUCCUUACCACCAGGGCGUCAAUUUCUCCCCUGCCAGAGCUGUUUCUACGCAUAUUGAUAGUCAGUACAUGGCCGAGCUGUUAGCGGAGCGGCAGAAGCUCGGUCCUUUCACGCAGGUUCUUCCCAUAUGCAGCCGGCUCUUGAAUCAAGAAAUACUAAGAGUUUCUGGGAUGAUUCCUAAUCAAGGAUUUACUGACUUUGAGAGAUUGCACCGUGGAAGUCCUAGACCAAUGGCUUCUCUUGACAUGAUGCAUGAUAUUGGAGGAAAAGGUUUAGGUGGCUGGGGAAGCCUUCAACAGGAGAGACUUGGUGGGCCACAGGGGAUGCCAAUUGAUUGGCAAGCAACACCUGGAAGCCCAAGUUCUUUAAUAGCUAAGAGGGUCUUACGCUUGGAUAUACCUGUUGAUAGAUAUCCAAAUUACAACUUUGUUGGCAGGCUUUUAGGCCCUCGUGGUAAUUCCUUGAAGCGGGUUGAAACGUCUACCGGGUGCCGUGUAUUCAUUAGAGGAAAGGGAUCAAUAAAAGAUCCUGACAAGGAGGAUAGCUUAAGGGGACGCCCAGGCUAUGAGCACCUGAAUGAGCCACUGCAUGUUUUGGUUGAGGCAGAGCUACCAAUCAAUAUCAUUGAUUCACAGCUAAAACAAGCUAGGGAAAUCAUUGAAGAGUUGCUCAAACCUGUGGAUGAGUCACAAGACUUGUACAAGAGACAACAGCUUAGGGAGCUGGCUUUGCUGAACAACAGUUUCAGAGAAGAGAGCCCCCAACCAAGGGGUAGUUUAUCUCCUUUCAGUUCAACCGGAAUGAAACGCGCCAAAACUGAUGACUUCAGUGUAAGUGCAAGUGAAUGACAAUUUGAUGGAAUCUUAUGAAUUUUAAAGAAGGCAAGGGUGAUUACCAGCACAUUGGGAUGUCUGCCAUUGAUCGUAGACAAACCAUGUUUUGAGAAGCCAUUUUGUAGCAUGUCCAAAACGGACUUGAGAAGAAAUCUCUUGUUGAAAUAACUUGGCAAAUACAAAAGCACACAAAUAGAGUAAGUCUAGACGUCUAGUAUUGGUGUCAAAUCCUUUCACCAGUUCAACCGGGCAUUUACGGUGUCUCGUUUUUUAAGUUGAUAGUUCCUACCCUCAGUCCCUCUCACUCAAGACUUCAUGCCCAUAAAUGCAGGUUACACUGGUCAUAUACAACAUGUAGAGAUCUUAUAUUGUCAUGACAAAAAUCUCUAAUCUAGGAUUUGUGACAUGUACUCUGUCUGGAUUCGCUUCGGUUAUGACACCUCCAUCGAGGUCUCACCGACAUUCAAGGUUGAGAA